AUGGCUCAGACACAAAACCUCCCGCCCGCCUAUGGCGGCCACCCAGGUUACCCCGGACCCCCUCAUCCUCAGUACGAUCACAGACAACAACUGUCAAUGCAAGCAAACGGACAAGCAAUGCAAGCAGCUCCACCGGUGACCCAGACUGCUCACAUCAUUUCUCAAACCAAGGACAAUUUGAAAUAUUCUUUGGUUGUCGUGCAGCAGCCCAUCCGAGCGCGCAUGUGUGGCUUCGGAGACAAGGACCGAAGACCUAUCACUCCUCCGCCAUGUGUGCGCCUUGUCGUUACCGAUACGCGGACACAGCAGGAGGUGCCAGCAGACCAGCUAGACCCCAGUUUUUUUAUUCUCCAGGUCGACCUCUGGGACGAACAUGGCCAUGCCGAAAAGAACAUUGUCAAAGCAUCGACCAACUCUCCUGCCACGUCCAUCUCGACAGCCACAACCACCUCGUACCCUCCGCCAGCCGAGCGCCCGACCUUGUAUGCACCUCCUCAAGUCGCUUACCACGAUCCUCGAACCGGCCAGAUCACUGGCUAUGGGCCCCCACCAGGUUACCCUCCGCAGUGGUAUGGCCCACAACCUCACAUGCCCAUGUACAUGUCUGCUCCUGCUCCUGCUCCUAGCCAUUACGCACAGCCUCCGAUGGGCCCCGCCUACGGUCAAUACCCCGGUGCUCAGCCACAAAUGUACCCUCCGCAACAAUACCAGCCUCCCGUGCCGCAGCAACAGACAAAUGGUGGCAUGUUCACCCGCAAUCUGAUCGGCAGUCUUACUGUGAACGCCAACACGCUGCGUGAUCCCCAAGGAAAAGAAGGCCACUGGUUUGUCUUGCAAGAUUUAUCCGUGCGCACCGAGGCGGUUUUCCGCCUUAAGAUGAGCUUUUUCGACAUUUCCGCCGGAAGAGACCAGACCAACAAGCUUGCCAAUGGCUCGAAACCCGUUCUGGCCACCGUCUUCUCCGAGCCUUUCCAGGUCUUUUCAGCCAAGAAGUUCCCUGGUGUGAUUGAGAGCACCGAACUCAGCAAAUGCUUUGCCGGUCAAGGCAUCAAGAUUCCUAUCAGAAAGGACGGCGGAAAGCACGAAGGCAAGGACGAAGACGAAGAGUAG